AUGGACCCAACAACCACCUCAACUUUCUCGCCAUCACCGAGCGCAUCUCCACUCCCAGACUCGGGGAUCCCAGUGUCGGUAGGGAACGGGCUCAACCCCGCAGUGUCGUUUCUCAUCGGCGCACUCAUCAUCCUCGGUGCGAGUGCAAUGAACGCUGCUGGACUGAACAUCACAAAACUAGAUCAUGUCCGAACAGCAUCCACCCCAAAACAUGCUCGACGAUCCUCAUGUCUCCGUCCGCUCUGGGCGCUCGGGAUGUCAUUAUACAUCCUUUCCCAGCUUCUUGGCAGUACACUUGCGCUCCGGUACCUCAGAGCAGAGUACGUCGCCCCGCUGGGUGCGACGAGCUUGAUCUUCAACUUUUUGUUUGCGAGUUGGCUUGUCGGUACGCCGGUGACAAAGACUGAUAUACGAGGAACAGUCACCGUCAUAAUCGGUGUGAUCGGCAUCGUCGUAUUCGGCUCGAUCCACUCUCCCGAACUGUCCGACAGUGUCGACCUCCCGUUACUCAAGUACUACUGGUCCCGCGCAACCUGGUGGGGCUACUUCCUCCUCAUGGGGCUUGGCACACUCUUCACCUACUGCUGGUCAUCGAUGCUCCAGAGCGCUCUUCAGGCUAAGGAAGAUCUAGAGCUGCCUACGCCCGCGCAUUCCACGAAACUCUUGGCAUGGUUUGAGCGCGGUCCGAUGCGCUAUGUAGGCGGGGUGAUAAGGACGCUGAGUGGGAUUUGGCGGAACUUGCAGCGGAAGGUGGACAGAGUGGCUGAUGCGAGCGAUGACAAGUUUUUGAACUGGGUACUGGCGAUGGGCUGGUCUUGCUGUGGCGGAGCGCUUGCAGGAGGCUGUCUAGUUUUUGCCAAAGCAACUGUAAAUCUACUCGCUACAAGAGGGUCCUUCCUCUCCCCAGCGUCUCUUUUCACCCUCCUCCUGCUCAUCCUCACCGCCGUGACCCAAAUCGUCUGCCUAAACCGCGGGCUCGAAGCCUGGGACUCAACACUCGUCGUCCCGGUAUUCUACGGAAUCUACACAAGCUCAGGUUUCCUAGAUUCCCUCAUGUUCUUCCACGAAACACCAUAUUUCCAGAUGUGGGUGCUGGUAGCGAUCUUCCUCUCUAUUGGGGUGCUUGUCGCUGGCGUCAUCCUACUGAGCACCAAGAAGCCGGACAAGGCACGCACGGCGCCGCGCGGGAUCCCGGCAACAGAACGGGAGAGACAGAGGGAUAGGAUUAGGAGCGCAGCAAGGAGCGGAGAAGAGUCUGUCGCGCUACGCUCUGGAGAGCUGGACCAGGAUGGAAGACCACAGCAAGGGGAGGUCAUGUGGGAACUUGGGAGCGUAUCGGAUGAAGAGGAAGAUACGUUCACAGCCCGAUCUAGUGCGAAACGGCCGAAUGGAGCUGGGGAGGGAAAGGGACUGAUGGCCCCUGAAGAAGAAGAGGAUGGGGAUGGUAGGAGCACGAGAGCGUUUAGUAUCCGUACGGCUAGGAGCGGGGAUGCUCCGGUUGUGGAUGUUCCCGUGAGGCCAGUAGCGGAGGAGCAGCCAGUGUAUAACGCUUGGGCGGAGGAGACGGGGAGGAGAGAAUGA